AUGGCGAACGAGCCUACGAGUGAGCAGGCGAAGGAGGCGAGGAAGGAGGUGCAAAAAGAGCAGCAGGAUCUGAUGGAGGAGCUCACUGAGUACGAUUACAUCACCCGAUUCUUCAAGAACAAGUGCUUCGCGUUUGCCGUACGUUUUUUCGCAAAAAAAUUCUGGAAAAGUCGGAUCAUUGACGAUUUUUCGUGAGAUUUCACAAAACUCCCAUUGUCUAGGAUGAUGACAAGCAAUUGCGAGUUUUUCUAGUUUAAUUAUUUUGACGCUAGGUUCUCCAUUCAAUUUUUCACCAAACAAGAGAGCUAAAUGUGAUUUUUUCAGGAUGAAGCCGAACAAACGUCGGCGAUUUCGUCGCUGAUCAACUGCGAGGACAAAUUCGUCGAAGCGUACAUGGUGACGGUCGGAAAAGUGUACCAGGAGAGCCGGAAACGCAUGUACCGACACUAUCGGCAUCUCGACACUUUUUACCAAUUUUUGACCUCCGGUAAGGGUCCUAAGCUGUAAACAACAUGGCGUAAUGGAAAACUGGAAGUUUUCCCCCAAACGUUCGAUAAAUGUUCCUUUUUCUCGAAUAAAGAGCAUUUUUUUAAUUUCUGAUUUUCAGAAGAGCCGCUGGUGGACCCUCAGUCUCACCGCUUCUCCACUUUGUUGGUGUUCAUUUGCCAAAUGCACACGAAUAUGUACAAAUUGAGAAGCGACGCGCUGACAUUGUGCGAAGCUGUUCGGCAGAUUAAAACGAGCAGGUGUGUUGCGAAAAAUAGGGAAAAAACGGGGUUUCCCUCAAAAUUAUUCAUUUUUAGAACCCAUUCGAGUUUUUUCCCGCUUCACAAAGCGGCGAGUUUCCACCGUGUGUGGCGGCACAUUGGCGAAAUUAUGUAUCAAUUUGCGACCGUCGACCAAUUGACGCAGAUUUAUCCGAAUUUGGAGAAGGAAUUUGUCGAAAUUCAAGAGUAAGCAACAAAUUCUCAAAAAAUGCGGUUCAACUCAAUUUUCACAGACGAGAGCGGAUACGUACGGAGAAGAUUCGGAAGUAUUACGGACAGGACAUCGAUGCCGACGUGGAAAGAUGCUACGAGGACGGGUCGAAGGCGCAGGAGGCGGCACAGAAAAUGAUUCUCAAGGGAAACUGCUUUAGGGUACGCUUUUCCGACAAAAUCAGCAUUCUAAGGAGGUCGGAAACUGCAUAAAUGGGUGCUACAACGAAGUCGAACUCGCACGGAAUAGAACUGUUACGAUUUGGAACUCGCAGUUACAUUUUAACGUUGCGAGUUCCAAAUCGUAACAGUUCCAUUCCGUGCGAGUUCUACUUCGUUGUAGCGCCCAGAAAUAUACCUCUUCGUUGUUUCUUAUCAACCCCAGGACGACAGAUUUUUCCGAUUUUUUGAAACAAACCAUGUUUUCUCCAGGUUCACACGGUCAACAUGUUCUCCGAUUGUCUAUUUCAUCCAUGUCAUGAUCUUUUUUCAUUGCUCACUGAAAAUAUUAUUGGGGCACCGGACAGAAAGGGCGCGCUGUUCGCAGUCUGGCCGAAUUUCUAGGCCGCGAAGUAAUUUCCCACUGAAAACGUGACCUAACUUUUUAAACUCGGUCCCGAGGUCGCUCAAUUUGCACUGCAAAAAGAGUUUCUCAACAGAGCGCCAUUUCUGUGCGGUGCCCCUAUAAUACAUUGUCAAAACUGGGCCAAAACCAUUAUUAAGUUUUUCCGCAGUGUCCGAUUAUUUUUAAAUUUUUCCAGAAUUCCAAUCGCUCGCUUUUCAACCAAUUCCCAAUCGGUUUUUGCAGAGCUUGUACGAGUCAUCCGGCGGUGAGAUAGACCUUAAUCAGAAUUUCGCCGGCGAAAUGAAGGAGGCCAUUUCGGAGAUGCUCAGCAACUGGGAAAAGGGCGUUGGUAAGGGAGGGAAACGGCGGAAUUUCAGAAUUUAUUCAUGUUCGUCAUUCAGGUCAGGACUGCAUGGACGUUCGUUUCUUCUGUGGAAUCUGCGCGCUCACCGUCUACUACUACCACCAUUUUUCGACGUGGGCCGACAAUUCGAUUGUCCGGAAAGUAGUGAACGCCUCGAGAAAGGUGCAAUACUAUCGAAUUCUGGGCGAGGAGAUCUUCAUUCCGUGCGAAUUUCUGCGCGUUCAAAUCUCAAGCAACAAUGUGAUCGAACCGAAAACCGCGGCGUGGAUCAAGAAGAUAGUCGACGAGGCGGAGACGUCGCCGAAGGAGAAGGUGGAGGAGAUGGUGAGGGAGACGAGGACGUACUGCGAAUACGCGAGACAGUGGACCGACGAGUUUGUCGAGAAGCAGAAGGAGCAGAUGAUCAGCAUCACGUACGGUAUCGUAUCCACCAUGGGACUCUCAAGACAUCAAAACAGCACCUUGCCCGAUUUCUUGAACAAAGAAAGUCGAAUAGACUGUUACAAUAUUGCCUCGUUAGCUGUUCUCAAUUGACUUCCUUUCAGGCCUGGGCCUGCGAUCCGGUUGGCGUUGACUGAGAAAUUGCAUAGCGAAAAAACGGUGGGCGAGGGAAACACGAUUUGCGCCCCAAGAGAGAGGGACGCAGACGCAAAACUGUCUCGCGUCUGUGUGUCUCUCUCUUGUGCCGCACGCAAAUCGCUGCUCUCUCGCCUUCCGUUUUUCUUUCCAGUCUGUUUUUAUAUUUAUUUUCAAUGGCAAGUCCUAAAGUACAAAGUCAUGAUUUUGUGCAGUAGGAUUUUACUUUGAACAUUAAUAUGUACUCAGGUGGAUACGAUUUUGCAACUCUUGAUAACACAUUUCAACUCGGCUCUGUCUUUUACUGUUUCACACAAUUCUAUUUUUUUUCGAGAAUUUUCCCAAGUAUACCGAACUUCAUUGCAGAAAACUGCCGCAAUGGGGUCGUGACGUGGCGGAUCUCUUUCUGAAGUGCAUCCGAAUUCUCGAUGUGCUCACGCGCAACCUCUACAUGAUAAUCCGCUCGAAGCGCGAUUCGGCGAGCUUCAAAAAGUUCGAGAUAGAUCGGCAAUGCGCGUACGCGAUUCUGUCGGCGAUCGAGGUGAUCAAACGGACUGAACUGUUCCUGCUCGCAAACUGGUCGACCGUCGAGGAGGGCACCUAUCUGGCGAGGGCCACGUGGCGCAAGACCAUGGCACGAAUUUUGGCGGACGCGCGGAAGGCCUACGUGGCGGCGAAGAGCAAGAAUGUGACGCAGAUCGAAGCGUCCACCAAACGAUCGUUCUACCACAUCGCCGAGGCGCAGUGCCUGAGUGAUAGUGCGUUUUUCGGGGGACUUUCCGCUCGUUUUCGUAACUACUGUAAUAGAAGGGCUCCUCAAUAUUGUCCAUUCAAGGCAAUGUAUCUCAGCUGCCGAUAAAGAUAUCACAAAGUUGUCAACUAAUGAAAUGUUCAACAAGAAAUUGCGUACAUUUUAUCAAGUGACAAUUUUUGAUAUCUCCACCGGCAGCUGACUAUGAGAUACAGUUCUCUGAAUAGACAAUAUUGUCUGUAAGAGCUAAACCUGGUGAAAUAGAGAAAAGUUACGAAAACGAGGAGUUUAAACAUAGCAUUGAGAAUUUCGGGAGAGCAAAAUGAUGGUUUUCAGUGAUUCCGUCAAGAAAUGUGGUGCUCGGAUUGGCGUUCGAAAUAGGAAAACUUGAGGUAACAAUUUAGGUAUUUUGUGAGUAUUUUCACUUUUUCCCUUGUUUUCAGACGCACAUGCCUCAAAGCAUGCGCAAAUUGGCCUACGAAGCCAUGGCGAAUUUGGAGUUGCUCAACUCACCGAAACAACUCUUGUCAAAGUUGGAAAAUUUUUACUUGGUUAUUUUAAGUACUUUAAAAAUGAACUUCAGAUCCGCCUGCACGGAUCUUUUGCUCCGACACAGUUGGCUUCCGCACCUCUAUUUCGAGUCGAUGAUCUUCAGAAAACCCGACGGCGCCUCUAUUGAGGUACUGUCCGUUUUUUGGGAACUUUUGAAAAAUGUUGACAAUUUUUAGGCCUUUACAGCUGCGUUGGGCGGAUUUGUAGAGGGUGCGCGGGAAACGGGCCAAUCGGUGAAACUGAUGACCAAAUUAAAGGAGACUGUUUAUCAGGUAGGCCAAUUUUUUGAAGAGUUUUCCGCAGUUCUCUUGGACUUCCAGACGCUCAUUCAAAAGUUGGGUGGUCUCAUCGACAUGGACCUCCGCGUGCUCGCCAAUCCCGAUUUGAAUGUCGGAGAGCUGUGAGCUUCGAAAAACCCUACGAAAAAUGCGCAUUUCCCCCAAUUUUUAAGCAAUUUCGCCGUCAAAAUCGGCGACGAAGACGUGGAUUACAUCAAUUUUCUGGCCAACGACCUGAGGAGGUUCCAAGUGUCGACGACUGUCGUCCCGAUUAAAGGUUUUACUGGGAAAUUUGAGACAUUUGAAAAAAAAAGUUCAGACGCGAUUCGCGACUGGCUUGAGGAUCACUGGUAUCAGAUGGGAAUGCUCGUACCGAACAGCGUGACGACGUACACGAAAAUGACCGAGUUGGCGGCGACCAAGUACGUGGUGGCCUAGGAUCCGACAAACGUUUCCAGUUCGAGAGAACUCAUAUUUAAAGGCCAUGCGUUGGCUUAGGAUCCAAAACAAUAAUAAGGGCCUAGUAAUUAACUGCUAUGGCCUGGGGUUCGAUAGAAAGCUAUUAAAAGCUCUAGAUAGACUAGAUGGUCUAGAAUCCCCUAAGACUACUAUUUUCUGGUCUAAAAUUCCCCGCUCUUCCAGAUACGGCCUGAAAAUGAUCGACGGCGACCUUCCGCGUUCCGACACCGACGACACGGUCGCGAUCAUGGACCUUCUGCGCAACUUCUCGAAGUUCGUCACCAACUACUCGUACUUCAGCCAGGGCUACAUGUUCGUCGAGAAGACGUCCGACUCGAAACGUCUGCACACGAUCCGCGUGUCGGAUCUGCGACGGGCGGUGCGGAAGCACGGCUGCGGAAUGCUCCCGACGGCCGUCAACGCCGCCUACAUGCUGAUCCGCCACAAGCUGCAGACGUUCCUCAAUUUUCUCGCCGAGGACAAUGUGCGGAUGACGGUGCAGAAGUAUCUGCACGAGUUAGAUGCGAGCAAAUCGGACACCGGCAAAAAACGGUCGCACUACAAAGUCUCGUGGGCCGCCCAUGUGCUCAAAUCGCUGGCGAAAGCGGCGCAUCAGGGCACCGCCUACGCGGGAAGCGUCGAGAGCGUUGGCACGGACGGUGCGGAGAUGAAGGAGGACGAGAUCACGUACACGUAUUUCGACAAGUUCCGCAGUGUGAUCACGCAAAUCGGCAACGCGAUUAGUCUGGUCCGCGUCCUGUGCCAGGCAGUACGCGAGAACGGCUUCUCGAAUCAGGAGGUGUUCCCGUUCGUCAAACGCUACAUGGACGAUCUCGAGUCGGCCACGCGCGGUCUCAUCCUCACCAACCGGCGGGACCGUCCGAUCAACGUGAACAAAGUGCACGUCGUGCACCGACUCGGCCUCGUCCGUGAAAUGUUCGAAAAAGUGGGCGAGCAUCAGAAUUUCGCGAAAAUGCUGUGCAUCGAGUUUAAAACGCUGCUGCUGCGCUCGAAGGUUCCUGAAGACAAGAUCUCGCCGAUCGAGCACUUCCACGGAGUGAUCCCGGCGCUCACAGUGUCCUACGUCAAUUAUAUGAUGGCGCACGAGAACCGCGUGCGGAAGGUGUUCGCACUCAAAAACAACAAGGAUUUGGUGGUGGUCGACGACGGAUUCGCCGCCGGAAUCGCCUUCCUGCUGCACGUCGUCAACGGAUGGGAGGACUUUAACAAGUUGGGCUGGUUCGACACCUACAUGACGUGAGUGAGACAUUUGGAAAUUGUGGAAUAAUUUGAAAUUUUUUGAGUUUUCUUUAAAAAUCGAGCAGAAUUUUGGUGUUAAGCAUUGUUUGCUCAAAUUGGGUGAGCGGAGCCUAUCCAGUUCCCUUUACUCUGGCAAUUCGAUAUUAAUCUAUUAUAGGAGCACCGGACAGAAAGGGCGCGCUGUUCGCAAUCUGGGCGAAUUUCUAGGCCGCGAAGUAAUUUUCCACUGAAAACGUGGCCUAACUUUUCAAACUCGGCCCCGAGGUCGCUCAAUUUGCGCUGCAAAAAUACUUUCUCAACAGAGCGCCAUUCCAUAUUUUUUUCGUUACAGAAUGAAGCAGCACGAUUUGAAGACGCAAAGGGAAAACCGUCAAAUCACGCAGGCGGUCAGUCUGAAAAUCGAACGUCUUCAGAUGGAGCUGAAAAUUCUGACCCGUCUGAAAAUGAAUUUCGGCAUUCAAUUCAACCUAUUUGCCCCGUAUUAAUGUCUUUUUCUUCUUCAUCAUCAUCAUCUAAACAACUCACUUUCCCCGCUCAUUCCGUUGCCCCCUGGUUUCCAGCUACAGUCUAGCCAACUACUCAAUAACAAACAUAUUUUCAUGUUUUAUUUACUAUAUUUAUGUUCUAAUUCGCUAUUUUCGUCUAUUUUCCUAUCCUCUCAACAAUGCGUUUUUCCUUGACACUUGAGUAAUUUGUUAACAUAAACUCAUCAGAAUCAUCUGUAAAUCCUCAAUUUUCGAAUAUUGUGUGUUCAAGUUAAAUUCUCCCUCUCUAUUUUGACCUCGAUUCCAUUCAGAUACCCAGAUAUUAUCCACAGUCGAAAUGACGGCGUAUGUGGGACGAGCGUGGUCGAUGCUGCGAUUCUACACGGACUUCGCCUUCGCCGGAGUCGCCUAUCUGGUGAACUCGAAAGCGCAUCGGUAGGGAAGUUCUUGUGACUUGUACCAUUUUCUGACAGAUACAAAUUGCCUAAAAUCAUCAUUUUUGUUUGUGUAGCCACACGGCCUACACUGUUCCCGAAAAGAGACGAUAGGCGCAGAACAGAAGACUUGUUAUCGAUUGAUUUGUGAUUUUUGCAUUGUGACCACUCUUCUUCGGGUUCAUUGGAUCUCACAACGAUAUUUACGAGUUUUCCUCUUUUGCUGACUGUUUUUGCACUAAUAUUUAGUCGAAUGCAACAGUGGGAGACCUGGAGAACUUGUAGCGAUCGCUGUGAGGCCACUAAUUUGAAAUUUACAAUAUUCUCUAGUCUCGCAACGAUUUUCUCAAGUUUCUCUAAGCUUCAAACAUGAAUUCAAGGCUGACAUUGCUGGAAAUACAGUGAUCUCGGUCGAAGACGCGUGGAACGGGAUCCAGAAAACUUUUGAAAGCCGUUGGGAGGCCGCUGAGCUACGCUACUAACAAUGUUUUCCUUCGAUAUCUUAUUUUUCCAUGUAAAAUGCUCCUGCCACGAAAACCGCCUAUUUUUGCAGAGCAAUGCCCUCCCUCGCCCACGUGGAACCCAUUGAAAAGUUGUCGGCGGCGGUGACUCGAGUGCUCGGCCACAACCCGGGACCUUUCACCCUUCAGGGCACCAACACGUACCUCCUGGGCACUGGCGAUCGGUGCGAAUACUGUCCAUUUCCACGUGUGCAUCCAUUCCAGACAAUUCCAGACGAAUCCUGAUCGACACUGGCGAACCCGACACGUCCGAGUACAUUACGGCGCUGAAAUCGGUGCUCGCGGCGACGAACUCUCGCAUUGAGUGCAUCGUGAUCACGCAUUGGCACGGCGAUCACGUCGGCGGAAUCGACAAUAUCACUGAGGAGAUUCUCGAGAAGAAGCCGGUGCCCAUCUACAAAAUGCAGAGAGCCGCCGACGAAGGCGUCGAGCGCUUCCAGUACGUCGACGACGGAUUCCGCGUGGCCGUCGACGGAGCCUCUUUGAAGUGAGAACACUGAUUUUUUGAGAAACGAUCGCUUUUCAAAAACUCGAAACCAUAGCCUUUUUCAAAUGUCUCGCUUUGCAGGUUCAUCGCCACGCCGGGCCACACGGCCGACCACUUCUCGCUUUGGCUGGAAGAAGAGGAGGCCGUGUUCUCGGGAGAUUGCAUCCUCGGCGAAGGAACCACCGUCUUCGAGGACCUCCACGACUACAUGACCUCUUUGGAGAAGAUCAAGGCGUUGCGCGCGAAACGGAUUUAUCCGGGCCACGGACCCGUCAUCGAUAAGGUCGACGCGAAAGUGGAGGAGUACAUCGAGCACCGGAUGAAGCGCGAGCGGGAGAUUGUGGCGGUGCUGCGGGCGCACGAGGAGGUGACCAGCAUGGAAGUCACCAACACCGUCUACAGCGAUUCCCCGUGGGCGGUACGGCUCGCCGCACUCAACAAUGUGAAGUUGGUGCUGAAGAAGUUGCAGAAGGACGGCGUCGUCGCGAAUCCCUACUUUGAGACUUUCAAAUGGAUCGGGCCCAAGGAAGCCGCUAAUUUGUAG